AUGAGGGGUGAGAUCAAGCAAGCAGUGGAGCCAGAAAAUCUUGCCCAAGAAACCAUCAUCGAUAACCUCGCCCCCCAAGAGGCCCAACGACUAUCUCGUGUCCGCAACAUUGGAAUAGCUGCCCACAUCGACAGCGGAAAGACCACGGUCACAGAGCGCGUUCUAUACUACACUGGCCGGAUCAAGUCCAUACACGAGGUCCGAGGCAAAGAUGCGGUGGGGGCGAAGAUGGACUCAAUGGACCUGGAACGAGAAAAAGGCAUUACCAUUCAGUCCGCCGCUACCUAUUGCGAUUGGAUCAAGCGCGAGAGUGGCAAGGAGGAGAAAUACCACGUUAAUUUGAUUGACACACCCGGCCACAUCGAUUUUACGAUAGAAGUGGAGCGGGCUUUAAGAGUCCUGGAUGGAGCAUGCAUGAUACUUUGUGCGGUCUCUGGCGUCCAGUCACAAACGAUCACAGUGGACAGGCAGAUGAAGAGGUACAAUGUGCCUAGGAUAUCAUUCGUUAACAAGAUGGACCGAGCGGGCGCCAAUCCAUUCAAAGCAGUCGAUCAGAUAACUCAUAAGCUCAGGUUGCUCGCAGCAGCUGUGCAGGUGCCCAUUGGAGUCGAAGACGGAUUCAAGGGUGUAGUCGACCUGAUCAGGAUGAAGGCUAUCUACAGCGAAGGACUCAAAGGGGAGACUGUACGAGAGUCGGAUGAGAUUCCUUCGGAGGUGCGGCCGCUUGCGGAUGAGAAAAGGGCAAAGCUCAUAGAGACUCUGGCCGACGUUGACGAUGAGAUCGCAGAGAUCUUCCUGGAUGAGCGGACACCGUCAGCUGAGCAGAUCAAAGCUGCCAUCAGACGUGCGACCAUAUCUUUGAAGUUCACGCCGGUCUUCAUGGGCUCAGCGCUGGCUGAUAAGUCUGUGCAGCCAAUGCUUGAUGGUGUCUGCGACUACCUACCCAAUCCCUCCGAAGUUGAGAAUCUAGCCUUGGACCAACGGCGACAGGAGGCACCGGUCAAGCUCAUCUCCUACAAUUCUCUACCUUUUGUCGGCCUGGCCUUCAAGCUCGAAGAGAGCAACUUCGGCCAGCUAACUUACAUUCGCGUUUACCAAGGCUCACUCCGCAAGGGUCUCAAUGUAUUCAACGCUCGUACCAAUAAGAAGGUCAAAGUGCCGAGGAUAGUACGCAUGCACUCCAACGAGAUGGAAGAUGUACAAGAGAUUGGCGCCGGAGAGAUCUGCGCCGUCUUUGGCAUCGAUUGCGCGUCUGGCGACACUUUCACCGACGGUCAGCUUGGGUACUCCAUGACAUCCAUGUUCGUCCCCGAGCCUGUUAUUUCCCUCUCAAUCAAGCCAAAAGACAACAAAGACCUUCCGAACUUCUCGAAAGCAAUGGCCCGUUUCCAGCGUGAAGACCCUACCUUCCGCGUCCACGUCGACAUUGAAAGCCAAGAAACCAUCAUCUCCGGCAUGGGUGAAUUACAUCUAGACAUCUACGUGGAGCGGAUGCGCCGCGAAUACAGAGUCGCCUGUGAAACCGGGCAACCUCAAGUAGCAUGGCGUGAGACCUUAACACAGAGAGUAGACUUCGACCACACGCUCAAGAAACAGACCGGCGGUGCUGGGGAUUUUGCCAGAGUAGUCGGUUACUUGGAACCCAGCGGCGCUCUAGAAGAGAACAAAUUCGAAGACCAAGUCAGUGGCGGCAGUAUAUCCGAAAAGUUCCUCUUUGCAUGCGACAAAGGCUUCCAGCUCUCCUGCCAAAAAGGCCCGCUAGUCGGGCACAAAGUGCUAGGAACCCGUAUGAUCGUCAACGACGGCGCAACACAUAUGACCGAUUCCAGCGAAAUGGCCUUCAAAAACGCGACACAGCAAGCUUUCCGCAAAGCGUUCAACCAAGGCCGUCCGCAAGUGCUCGAACCGCUAAUGAAGACAACCAUCACAGCACCAAAUGAGUUCCAAGGAAACAUCGUGGGCUUGUUGAACAAACGAAAUGCGUUGAUCAGCGACACGGAAAUCGGACCUGAAGAUUUCACGCUGUAUGCUGAUUGCAGUUUGAACGGAAUGUUCGGGUUUAGCACGCAGUUGAGGGCGGCGACGCAGGGAAAGGGAGAGUUUGGGAUGGAAUUUAGUCACUACAGUCCUGCGCCUAUGCAGUUACAGAAAGAGCUAGUGGCGAAGCACGAAAAGUCUUUGGCUGAGAAGCAUAAGAAGUAA